CUGUCAAUGCAAACACCUAUCGAUAGUCAAGUCGUGCCACAAAGUCAUCGAUGCAGGCGCUCAAUUCGAAUUAAAAUGAUUUCCUUAAUCUUAUACAUGUUUCUAUUUUAUAGUGCGGCAGCUGAGCGUAAUUUAAAAGUAGUUAAGUAUGAGAACUCGGUCGACACCAUUGUUAGGGACCUCAUCGCCAACUGGCAGUCGCCACUUGAUUACCUGAAAAACCGCGGCUACCUGCCGAAAGAUGCACCCGAAAUGGAUUUCCAGCAGCUGCAAGGGAGAUUGGUGCCCGAAUUGUCGUUAAAGGACUUAGGUGAGCUCAACAAGGAUUCCAAACGGGAGGCGGACACGAAAAGCACAGAAAAUGCGGCGGAACACAUGGAUCCGCGAGCAGUCCGAUCUCCACAACAGCCGAAGGACCUCGAGCUGAAGAGGAUGUUCCAAACACUGUUCUCUUCCAGCGACAAGACUGCCUCCGAGGAGAUCCAGUCCAAGCUGGGCGUGUCCUGGGAUAUGAAUGCUUUGAAAACCUCUGCCCGUUUGGGCGCCAAGAAAUAUCUCGAGAAGUUUAACAGCAAGCGGAAUCAGGGCUUCUCCCUGCUGCCAAUUGAAUCGAUGGAUGGGUCACUUACUAACGAGGCAUCUCUGAAUUUCUCCUCACUUGUACCGCACAUGUGGGAAAAGAAAAGCAACGAUUCUACGGCGAAAUCUCCUGCCAAUAAACCAAACUUCCUGAAGGGCGUGGCCAGGAUUCUGGGCAAUCCAGAAAUAAGGUACAGGGACUGGGAUGCCAAGCCUGUCCAGGAAAUCCUUCCCAAAGCCGCGGGCACUUAAUUUUCAAUCUCAUUGUUAAUGAUUAAAUGUUGAUGUGGUAACGAGAUGGGUAACCAAAUCACAAUCAAUUAAAUGGGGGAGGCUGGCUUGCUAGUGCCAGAAGCAGACU